CUAGUUUAUUCCUAUGCUCUUGGUACAUUUCCUACUUUGAACCUAUGCUCUUGGUACAUUUCCUAGUUUGAACCUAUGCUCUUGGUACAUUUUCUAGUUUAUUCCUAUGCUCUUGGUACAUUUCCUACUUUGAACCUAUGCUCUUGGUACAUUUCCUAGUUUGAGCCUAUGCUCUUGGUACAUUUCCUAGUUUGAACCUAUGCUCUUGGUACAUUUCCUAGUUUAUUCCUAUACUCUUGGUACAUUUCCUAGUUUGAACCUAUGCUCUUGGUACAUUUCCUAGUUUAUUCCUACGCUCUUGGUACAUUUCCUACUUUGAACCUAUGCUCUUGGUACAUUUCCUACUUUGAACCUAUGCUCUUGGUACAUUUCCUAGUUUAUUCCUAUGCUCUUGGUACAUUUCCUAGUUUAUUCCUAUGCUCUUGGUACAUUUCCUAGUUUGAACCUAUGCUCUUGGUACAUUUCCUAGUUUGAACCUAUGCUCUUGGUACAUUUCCUAGUUUGAACCUAUGCUCUUGGUACAUUUCCUAGUUUGAACCUAUGCUCUUGGUACAUUUCCUAGUUUGAACCUAUGCUCUUGGUACAUUUCCUAGUUUGAACCUAUGCUCUUGGUACAUUUCCUAGUUUGAACCUAUGCUCUUGGUACAUUUCCUAGUUUGAACCUAUGCUCUUGGUACAUUUCCUAGUUUAUUCCUAUGCUCUUGGUACAUUUCCUAGUUUGAACCUAUGCUCUUGGUACAUUUCCUAGUUUGAACCUAUGCUCUUGGUACAUUUCCUAGUUUAUUCCUAUGAUCUUGGUACAUUUCCUAGUUUGAACCUAUGCUCUUGGUACAUUUCCUAGUUUAUUCCUAUGCUCUUGGUACAUUUCCUAGUUUAUUCCUAUGCUCUUGGUACAUUUCCUAGUUUAUUCCUAUGCUCUUGGUACAUUUCCUAGUUUAUUCCUAUGCUCUUGGUACAUUUCCUAGUUUGAACCUAUGCUCUUGGUACAUUUCCUAUUUUGAACCUAUGCUCUUGGUUCAUUUCCUAGUUUGAACCUAUGCUCUUGGUACAUUUCCUACUUUGAACCUAUGCUCUUGGUACAUUUCCUAGUUUAUUCCUAUGCUCUUGGUACAUUUCCUAGUUUAUUCCUAUGCUCUUGGUACAUUUCCUAGUUUGAACCUAUGCUCUUGGUACAUUUCCUAGUUUAUUCCUAUGCUCUUGGUACAUUUCCUAGUUUAUUCCUAUGCUCUUGGUACAUUUCCUAGUUUGAACCUAUGCUCUUGGUACAUUUCCUAGUUUAUUCCUAUGCUCUUGGUACAUUUCCUAGUUUGGACCUAUGCUCUUGGUACAUUUCCUACUUUGAACCUAUGCUCUUGGUACAUUUCCUAGUUUGAACCUAUGCUCUUGGUACAUUUCCUACUUUGAACCUAUGCUCUUAGUACAUUUCCUAGUUUAUUCCUAUGCUCUUGGUAUAUUUCCUAGUUUGAGCCUAUGCUCUUGGUAAAUUUCCUAGUUUAAACCUAUGGUCUUGGUACAUUUCCUAGUUUAUUCCUAUGCUCUUGGUACAUUUCCUAGUUUGAACCUAUGCUCUUGGUACAUUUCCUAUUUUGAACCUAUGCUCUUGGUACAUUUCCUAGUUUAUUCCUAUGCUCUUGGUACAUUUCCUAGUUUAUUCCUAUGCUCUUGGUACAUUUCCUACUUUGAACCUAUGCUCUUAGUACAUUUCCUAGUUUAUUCCUAUGCUCUUGGUAUAUUUCCUAGUUUGAGCCUAUGCUCUUGGUAAAUUUCCUAGUUUAAACCUAUGGUCUUGGUACAUUUCCUAGUUUGAACCUACGCUCUUGGUAACAAGGGCUGGCGAACAAUUUACAUACAGACGUGUAAGACUUUCCGACAUGUAGCGACCAUGAGGAUUAGCGCUACCACGAGGUGUAAGCGCGACCAUGAGGGGUUAGUGCGACCAUGAGGUAUUAUGGUCCAGUAAUAAAUUUCCCGAUCUAGUAGAUAAUAAUGGACCAGUAAUAAACUUUCCGAUUUAGUACAGAUAAUAAUGGACCAGUAAUAAAUUUCCAUAUUUGGUAGAUAAUAAUGGACCAGUAAUAAAUUUCCCGAUUGAGUAGAUAAUAAUGGACCAGUAAUAAAUUUCCCGAUUUAGUAGAUAAUAAUGGACCAGUAAUAAAUUUUCCGAUUUAGUUGAUAGUAAUGGACCAGUAAUAAAUUUUCCGAUUUAGUAGAUAAUAAUGGACCAGUAAUAAAUUUCCCGAUUUAGUAGAUAAUAAUGGACCAGUAAUAAAUUUCCCGAUUUAGUAGAUAAUAAUGGACCAGUAAUAAAUUUUCCGAUUUAGUUGAUAGUAAUGGACCAGUAAUAAAUUUCCCGAUUUAGUAGAUAAUAAUGGACCAGUAAUAAAUUUUCCGAUUUAGUAGAUAGUAAUGGACCAGUAAUAAAUUUUCCGAUUUAAUAGAUAAUAAUGGACCAGUAAUAAAUUUUCCGAUUUAGUACAGAUAAUAAUGGACCAGUAAUAAAUUUCCCGAUUUAGUAGAUAAUAAUGGACCAGUAAUAAAUUUUCCAAUGUAGUAGAUAAUAAUAGACCAGUAAUAAAUUUUCCGAUUUAGUACAGCUAAUAAUGGACCAGUAAUAAAUUUCCCGAUUUAGUAGAUAAUAAUGGACCAGUAACAAAUUUGCCGAUUUAGUACAGAUAAUAAUGGACCAGUAAUAAAUUUCCCGAUUUAGUAGAUAAUAAUGGACCAGUAAUAAAUUUUCCGAUUUAGUACAGAUAAUAAUGGACCAGUAAUAAAUUUUCCGAUAUUGUAGAUAGUAAUGGACCAGUAAUAAAUUUUCCGAUUUAGUAGAUAAUAAUGGACCAGUAAUAAAUUUUCCGAUUAAGUACAGAUAAUAAUGGACCAGUAAUAAAUUUUCCGAUUUAGUACAGAUAAUAAUGGACCAGUAAUAAAUUUUCCGAUUUAGUAGAUAAUAAUGGACCAGUAAUAAAUUUGCCGAUUUAGUACAGAUAAUAAUGGACCAGUAAUAAAUUUUCCGAUUUAGUACAGAUAAUAAUGGACCAGUAAUAAAUUUGCCGAUUUAAUACAGAUACUAAGUGGAUGACAAGUUGGCAACUUUCCAGACAUCAGUAUUAUAAUAGUAUAAAAUAGUAAAAAACUAAAAACACACGUCUCUUGGUCGCUAAGGGAAAGCCCAAGAAAAAGGUGUUGAUAACAAUCAAACGAAAAGUGAAAAUAGGCAAUCAGCGUUGUUCAAACUUUGCCUGAAAUAAAUCAAUGCAGGUGAUCCGUGCCUAAAGAGGUUCCCAUGGCAACCGCUGCAACAGUGUGAAGUGUCGAAGAGACUCCUAAGCAGCUAUGUGAGGAUGUGUUUUUGUUAAGAGAAAACGUAGAGUCUAAUAACAGAUCUUUUCUACUUCCCUCUGAACAUUAAGGACGCUAUUUGCACUUGGUGAGUUGGAGCAAUCACCUGCUCAUAACGAAUUAUUCAGCUAAGUUUGCAAAGCCUUGUGAGGUGGGCGCACUUCUCAUUCAUCUCCGAGAGAAGAGAAGAGAGAACAGACAGUAUCAGCCCAUGCAAAAAAAUGAAUAAGUCCAACUUGACAUCCGCGUCGCCGCCCGCGGACCAGAGAGAUAUCAUCGUCCCGGAUGAUGCCACAUGGAUCCUGACCAGCGCAUUUAUCAUCUUUACCAUGCAAUCGGGAUUUGGACUGCUGGAAGCGGGAAUGGUCUCCAAGAAAAACGAAACCAACAUCAUGGUCAAGAACGCUGUUGACGUCAUCUACGGUGGCUUAUCCUAUUGGCUGUUCGGGUUCGCGUUUAGUUUUGGAGAAGGCGAGGGCACGAAUGCGUUUUGCGGGGUGGGAUACUUCUUGACAGACGCCGACGAGUACGAGAUGGGAGAUGUCUUCGCCAAAUAUUUCUUUCAGCUCUCAUUCGCAACCACUUCUACCACCAUUGUGUCCGGCGCAAUGGCCGAGCGCGUAAACUUGAAAGCGUACACUCUCUUCUCAUUCAUCAACACGCUGAGCUUCUCCUUCCCUGCGCAUUGGAUCUGGGCGAAGACAGGCUGGCUUAAGAAGAUGGGAGCUAUUGACGUGGCAGGAUGUGGGCCCGUGCACCUGGUAGGGGGUGUCAGCGGUCUCGUGGCGACGCUCAUGCUGAAGCCACGCACAGGGAGGUAUGAUGAUCAGGGGCGGCCCAAGCCCCUCAAGAUGGCAUCCCCUACAAACGUGCUCCUCGGUACGUUUAUGCUGUGGUGGGGCUGGCUUGGAUUCAACUGCGGAAGCACGUUUGGGAUCACAGGAGGGAAGUGGAAACUCGCUUCUAGGUCUGCAGUGGUUACUCUGAAUGGUUCUAUAGGAGGUGGUAUAAGCGGGAUGGUAUAUAGCUACCUCUUCCAUAAGAACAAGCUGCUGAUUGACACAUUUGCCACAGGAAUCCUGGGCGGUUUAGUCAGCAUUACAGCUAUCUGCGCUAUUGUUCGCCCAUGGGAGGCCAUUCUGAUUGGUGCUAUCGGUGGCGCCAUCGCUUGUGGUGGCUGCUCUCUGCUGAACAGACUUCGUAUUGAUGACCCUGUUGGGUGCGUUCCCACUCACUUCUUCGCCUCGGUCUGGGGGCUAAUAGUAGUCGGACUCCUCGUGGAGAAAGACUCUCUCAUGGACUUGUCCAAGGAGUACGGCGUGCUCAAGGGAGGCAGCUGGCGUCUCUUAGGGGCACAGCUCCUGGCUAUUGUCUGCAUCAGUGUGUGGUCAGCGGUCAUGACCUUUGUGAUGCUCUGCGGGGUGGACCGCGUGGUCAAGUUAAGGAUGCCGCUGAUCAUGGAGCUCGAGGGGGCGGAUAAAUGGGAGCAUGGGAUUCGAAGCGAGGAGGAACAGUAUAUAGAUCAAGAGCUAGUCAAGCAGAAGGCGACAGAGGAAGCGGCGACCAAGAAAGGCGUUGACAACCACGCCUUGACUCAAGACGAAGGGGUACCAGCGGGGGGUUAUCACACCGCUAACAUGGACACUAGUACCGCAGACAACAUGAUAGACGUUAGUUGCGAGGGAGAGUCAGGUCAAGUCAAGAAAGGGAUAGGCGGUGUGCAUGCGGGACGAGCUCUAGAGACGAGAGGGACGAGGCGAGCAGCAUCCAUUAGUGAAGAGCCUGGAUGCCAGUCCCUCUCAUUUGGGCAGUGAAGCACUACCAGCACACCACUAGUCGCUACAACAUCAGUCCGUACUCCUUCAUCAUCAGUCCGUACUCCUUCAUCAUCAGUCC